AUAAUUGCUGGGAUGCAAUAGCUGAAGGAAUAAUUCAAGUAACAAAUAAAAAUAUACCUUUUAAAAAGAUUUCUAAUACAAUUACAAAUAUAAGUAGUUUGACAACUCCUAAACAAGAAGAAGCUAAUGACACAAUUAAAGAUGUAAACGAAAGACAAGAGACAAGUAUUCUUUUGAUUAAAGACGUAACAGAUACAGAAACAAUUAAUAAUAUUAAAGACUAG